UAUACCUAACUUCAGUUCGUAAUGGUACGAUAAUGUUUUAUAGUCAAAUUAAAUUUUAAAAAAAAGAUUCAAAAAUAUUGAUCUCGAUAAUUAUCUUUUUAUAUUUUAUAUUUUAUAUUUAAAAUUGUUAUUAUAUUCUAAAUUCGAUAGAGAGAACGAUAUGUUAUUAUUAAAUAGAAUAUUAAAAAUCAAUAAAUAUGUAAUUUAUGUGAUUUGGUAUAAAUUUCUUUAUUAAUAAGUAUAUGAUUGUAUAUAUAUAUAUGCACAUGUAUAAAAAAGUAAUCCACAAAUAUCUAAAAUAAGAAAAAUAAAACGAAUAUAUAUUACAUGAACAUGUUUAGUAAUAAAAAGAAUAAUUUACCACCAAGACCUCAUAUUCCAAAUUCUGAACAUAUGUUGGAAGAUCUUAAUAAUUCUUCUAUAGAUGACAUAGCAUUUAAAAUAAUUCAUAAAGAUGAAAUUUCUGGAGAAAAUUUAAUGAAUGCAAGUACUUCUGAUACAUAUCAGAAAGUGAAAAUGUAUUUACACAUAAAACAACAGUUAAAAUAUUUGGAAACUACUCUUGAAAACAAAGAGCAACAACUUAAAACUGAUAAUGAAGAAAUAAAAAGACUUGCAGAUAAUAUUAAAAAACAAGCACAAGCUGCAUUGAUAACAUAAGAUUUUAUAUAUGCAAAUAAUAUCGAAAUUAUUUGGUUAAUUUCUUUUAUAAAAAAUUUUAAUUUUUUUAGAUUAUAAAUAGAUAAAUUAGAAUUUUUCUUAUCUUCAUAUAUUAAUUAAUCAUAUAAAACAAUUUUACUUAUAAUGAAAUAUUUUAUUAUAUGUAUAUAGAUAAUAUUUUUUUAUACAAAAUAUUAGUGCUAAUAUAAUAUAUACAAGUAUAAUUUAAAAACUUUACAAAAAUAAAUCUUAUAAUAAUCA